UGUGCUAGGCCUAAAACUGUGUGAGGUUACAAUAAUGACCGGGAAUAAGCCCAUAUCAUACUUAAUACUCAUUUGUGCUUCGGCCUUUCACUUUGUUACGACAAGGAGAUGCUUCUAAGUAGUAGUCGCUGCAUGGUUUUGAACUUGCAGUUUUCUCGGGGGACUUUCUUCAAACACCUUACGACUCGGAAAUCAACAACACUAUGUCAGCACGAAUCCACUGCAACUCUCUCCCACUUCGGAACCCUAACCUCCCGCCAGAAAGACCAGAUUCAUCUCUAUGUUGACGCUCUUCUUCAAUGGAACAAGCGCAUGAAUCUGACCGCAGUUAAAGACGUGAAUGAAGUCAUGGAAAGGCACGUGGAGGACUCGCUUGCGAUUUUGCCUCCUUUGAGCGACUGUUAUCGCACGCACUGCGGCAGUUCCGGCGAUAAGCUCAACCUUGUCGAUGUUGGAACUGGCGCGGGCCUUCCAGGAGUAGUUUUAGCCAUAGCUCGACCAGAAUGGGAUGUAACGCUUCUGGAGUCUAUGAACAAGCGAUGCGUCUUCUUGGAGCAUGUCGUCAGUGUUAUCGGUUCCUCAAACAUUCAAAUUGUAAGAGGAAGAGCAGAGAGUUUGGGGCAUGAUCUUUGCUUCAGAGAGAAAUUUGACAUAGCAGUGGCCAGGGCUGUUGCAGAAAUGAGAAUAUUAGCUGAGUAUUGUCUUCCCUUGGUUCGUGUCAGUGGAUUGUUUAUUGCUGCCAAGGGUCAUGAUCCUGAGGAUGAAGUUAAGAAAGCUGAAAGUGCCAUCCAGAAGAUGGGAGCAUCGCUAUUGCAAAUAUGCUCUGUGGAAUCGCAAAGCCCAUAUGGUCAGCGAACUGCUGUCAUAUGUUUAAAGGAUCGUCACACCCCGAUGAAAUAUCCCCGUGAUCCGGGUACACCAGCUAAAGAACCAUUGUAACUAAGGUAGAUGCUCAUUCUGUUAGCUUUGUUCUGUUAUUCUUUCUACCCAAUCCUAUCAUUUUUCUCGAACCGACGUGAAGCAUUACCGGGGAUUGACCCGUUUCUUUGACUAGUAAGAGUGACCUGUUGUGUACAAAAUAAAAUGUGAACUCGUGGCUAGAUUUUCAGUUCACAUGGGUCAAGCUUUUAUAGUUAUCUCUCCUCCUCUGAUGCUACUCUACCUGAAUAUAUACAAAGUUUUACAAUAA